AAAUGCGAUCUUUUCGGUAGCGAUAUCGAUGAAAGAGAGUAUAUAGGUCUGUCGGCGUUUGACGUCAAGGCUCUGACAUACUGCGAGCUGCAAUGCAUUCGUUUGGAUCAACAGCUAGUAAGCCUUCUGACGCAGUAUCCUGAUUAUCGAUGCGAGUUUUCUGCAGCUCUGCACGACGAGCUUUCAUUCAACAUUCGAGAGGGCUACGAUCCGUCGGUAGGUUAA